AAAACUGAACCAUGCUUUUACUGUAGUAACCAUACUUUUAUGGUAAACCAUAACUACACAUCUCACUAUAGUAAAGAUAAUUUUACCAUAAAAUUUGAGGUGAAGGGCAAAAUAAACCUUUCUUUUAUCCCUAAAAAUCAAAACAAUUUAAAGGAAAUUUGACAAGAGGCACGGAAAACCCGGAAGAGGCCCCUGUCAGUCAUUACCAUGGAAACCAACGUCAACAUAAAGACUGACAGCUGAAACGGCAAGCAACCGCAUUUAAAAAAUAUACCGAUAACAAUAAAUGAUGGAUCCCGAAAGCUCAAAAAGCGCAAAUACAUCCGACUGUGAUCAUGAAAUUAAAAACGUCGACUGGAUCUCAUGCAAAGACUUUACAGUCGAAGCUGGAGAGCAACAGAUCAGACAGUACAUGGACACAUGGGACCUCAAACAUCCCGGAUGGCUGUACAGCGUUCAGUUUCUCCAGGAGCAAGAGCAGGAGUUUAAAAAGCAGUACCAUUACCGAGUCCAAUGGAGCAUCCCGACCCAAACAGCCCCGAUCCCCGGAGCCACAGCCAGCGUCUAUUUCAUCAUAGAAAUCUCUACGAUCAAACCAAACACGCUGCCUGUUGAUGUGCACUUUCUCAUCGAAUCAACCCGGUCCAAACAUAUUCCAGGCCGAACGAGGUUCAGAGAAAAGUGGCUGAUGGAUGUGCUCGAGAGCAAGACUUUACUUAUGGACACUAUCGACUUUUAGACCUGAAAU